AGAACAUAGAGCAAAAGAUUUGGGGCUAGACUGACAUUUUUUAAACUUCUUUCUUCUCCAUCGUUUUCAGUCCAGAAAGUCCCCCUCACCACUAAACAUCCGCCCGCCGCAGCUACUGUUCUACCCAAUUCCACGCGGCGACAGAUUCGGAGACGGCAACAAUUCCGGCCAGUAGUCGUCCAAUCGCACGAAUUUUCCCCUCUUUCUGUUUCUCUUUCUUUCUUCUUCCUCCGGUGAGUUGCAAAAAAGAGAGGGUAGGCUUUCUUUUCCAAGGAAACUCUUUCCUGAGGAAUUCUUUCCUUUUCCACACUGGUUUCCUGAGACCAAACAGGGUAAAGAAAAGACUCAAACUUGCAUAGGGAUAUAUAACUUUUUGUCCCCUCAUAAAACCCUUCAUAAACCAUAAUUUGAUACUGAUUCUUUAGAGGACUUUUCACAAAUGGCUUACCUACAAUACGGAAGGCAUAUCCUACGCCGUGGCUCUGACCAAAUCCUUCCCAACCCCCUGUUUUUCGCUGCUCAAGGCGUCCGAUAUCGAAAGUUGGAAGUCAUUCUCACUACUUCCAUGGACAAGCUGGGAAAGGCAGGCGAAACGGUGAAAGUGAAACCGGGGUUUUUCCGGAACCAUUUGAUGCCAAAAUUGCUUGCUGUUCCAAAUAUUGAUAAGUUUGCAUACCUGAUUAGCGAGCAGCGUAAGAUUUACCAACCUAAGGAAGUUGAAGAGGUUAAAAUGGUUGUGCCAAAGACUGAAGAAGACAGGAUGAAAGAAUAUCAGACUGCAGCGAGACGCCUUGAUAGUGCUAAGUUGGUUCUGCGGAAGUUAACUACAAAGGAUAACGAAGUGCGUGAACCUGUGACGAAGGAUGAAAUUGUAGCUGAGGUUGCAAGACAGCUCUCAGUGCACAUUGAACCUGAAAAUUUGCAUCUUCCAACUCCUUUGGCAGCUUUUGGAGAGUUUGAGGUUCCACUGCGCCUACCAAGGUCCAUUCCUUUGCCAGAUGGGAAGCUUCAGUGGGCUCUUAAGCUCAAGAUUCGCCGAAAAUGAAGGGCCUUAUUUGCACUCAAAUGCUGUGAUGGAAAUUAUUUUGAAUUUCAAGAUCCAAAACCUUUUGCUUCCGGCAGGCUAAAGUGGAUAAGUCCGUAACUUGGCUCUUUGAUGUUGUAUCUUUGUCCUUAGAAUGGGGUGCAAUCUGGUUGUCGAGGGAAACUGCAUGCGAGUUGUCUCAAGAGCAGGCUUGUGAAAGAAAAAGGUUUCCAGCUCUGAAUUCUCUUCAUUAGGGAUUCAUACCAGUUGGUCGCUAACAUCACUUCCUGCUUCUGAUUGUGGAAUCAUGGGCCUAAUUGUUUGGUGAUUGCAAAGCAGAAAGUCUUUGCUGCUUAUUUCCUGCGAGAAGGACAAGCCUAUGACACUACGGAAUCGAAUCAUUUUCUUCUUUACCAUUACUAGCUUGGAUCUGGCCGUGCUACGCACUGGCCUAUCCACUGAUAAUUUUCGUUGUUUAUUUAGUCCUCCAUUUUUGUCCUAUGCAAAAUCCAGAUAAUUUUGUGGAUGUUGAUAAUAUAUCUGUGGAUUUGAUAUGCUAAUUGUGUUUAAAA